UAAGGCUUAGAGAGUUGUAUUUUUAUCACUAAAUUUUGUAAUGGUUAACAAAUAGUUAACUAAAAAUAUUUUUACAGCAUUUAAUUCAACAAAUAAUAGAAAAAAUGAAAAUCUAUUUUAUAGUUUGCUUAGCUAUCACUUCGGUGUUGGCCAGAGAUGAUGGACUGGUGCUCACACCACCCAUGGGAUGGCUGUCAUGGACUCGCUAUGCGUGCGAAAUAGAUUGUGUUAAAUAUCCAAAAUCAUGUAUCAAUGAGGACCUGUAUAAGGAACAGGCAGAUAGACUGGCAGCUGACGGAUUCAAAGAGUUGGGUUAUAAUUAUGUCAACAUAGAUGACUGUUGGAGUGAAAUGCAAAGAGAUGGUAAUAAACGACUCGUUGCCGACAAAAAACGUUUCCCAAAUGGUAUCAAAGCACUGGCAGAUUACGUCCACUCCAAAGGUCUAAAACUUGGUAUCUAUGGUGAUGUCGGUCCUAAAACAUGCGCCGGAUAUCCGUCACAAAAUGGUGUAAAUGGUAGCAACUAUUUCACAAUCGACGCCAAAACAUUUGCCGAGUGGGGCGUCGAUUCAUUCAAGUUUGACGGUUGUAAUGAAGAUCCCAAACAUUUUGAUGAUCUGUUCCCCAAAAUGGGUAAAGCCCUCAAUGAAUCGGGUCGUCAAAUGGUUUAUAUAUGUGAAUGGCCUCUAUAUCAACACUUCCAUAACCCUCCCAUAGCUGUCAAUUACGAAGCUGUGGCCAAAACAUGUCAUGUAUUCAGAAAUUUUGGAGAUAUAGCCGACAGUUGGUCCAGCAUUGAGUCAACUAUUAAUUUUUACGGAGAUAAUUAUGACAUGUUUUCAAAGUACCAAGGACCAGGACACUUUUUUGAUCCAGACAUGAUAGUUGUUGGUGAUUAUGGUAUAGCCUAUCAUCACGCGCGCACUCAAAUGGCUAUGUGGUCCAUGUUUUCGGCACCACUUUAUAUGUCCAAUGAUUUAAGACAACUAUCAGCUGAAGACAAGAAAAUUUUGCAAAACAAAGCUAUUAUAGCUAUAAAUCAGGAUAAAAAUGCUUUUAUGGCUAAAAGGAUCUCUAAUUCUGGCGGUCAACAGGUUUGGACAAAACGAGUUGAACCUCAGGUUAACGGUCAGUGGUCUUACGCUGUCGUCUAUAUUGAUACCAAUGGUAUUGGAGAUAAACGAUAUAUAUCUAAAAAAGUAUCUGAAUUAGCGAUAGACGCAAAAAAUGGCACUCAAUAUACAGUCUAUGAUCUAUAUCUCGAUGACGGCAAAGAAGUGUUGGCAACACUUAAGACUACAGAUAGUCUUGAAUUACUGGUCGCUACAGGAGGUGGUUGUCGUGUGACUAAAUUGGUACCUAAUAAGUGAUUUAAUCACAUUUAAUAUACAAGUAUACUCUAAUUAUUAUAAUAAAAACAUGUUUUUAAAGUCAAUUA